GCACAACGCGUCGACUGCUCGCGUUGAGUGCCUACAUAGCCUCCAAUUGUUUGUUUCGUCGAUAAGAAUUGCGCUAACUAUAUGACGCCUUCGCUGCACUGACACCGUGCGAGAUUGCACAGAACCCAUCCAUAACGCGUGAGUCUACGUUGUUAAUUCAGUAUCCUCGUUUUCAUACAACUCCGCAUCAUGUCUGCCAAGCUGACGCUUCGGCAAAACUGGCGCGAGUCCGCCGCCUGGAAAGCGGAAAACCUGCCGCUGAGCACGACGAACGAUCAAGCCUGCAAGUUGUUCGACGCGGCGCUUACGCAGUACGUGGGCUGGUACGACGACCCCACCCUGGGUGGGUUGUCGGGCACGUUGGAGAGCCUGAAAAAGGCGGACCCGCACUUCGUAAUGGGUCAGGUGCUGAACGUCGGCCUGACACUUAUCGGCUCCGGGGACAACGUCUUCAAAAACGCGGCUCUGUCCGGCGACCUCGACGUCCUGGACUCGGUCGCGAGCAAAGGUCGACUACCGCACCGCGAGCAGCUUCACGUGAACGCCGUGUUGGCCUGGUCUCGAGGACGGCUAUCGCGCGCGGCGUCGCUCUGGGAGGACAUCCUCAUCGACAACCCGACCGACAUGCUGGCGCUGAAGUUCGCCCACGACACCUACUUCUACUUGGGCUACCAGCGCCAGAUACGCGAUUCCAUAGCGCGCGUGCUACCGCGCUGGAAGCCGACCAUGCCUCUCUACUCGUACCUGCACGGCAUGCUCGCCUUCGGCCUGUGCGAGACCAAUUUAUACGACGAAGCGCGCAAGGCGGCCCAAGAGGCCCUUAGGCUCAACAAAAAUGACGCGUGGGCCACGCACGCGCUGGCGCACGUCUACGAGAUGCAGGCGGACGCGGACGGCGGCAUCGCCUUCAUGAGCCGCACCAUGGCCGACUGGGAGCCGUGCGGCAUGCUGGCGUGCCACAACUUCUGGCACUGGGCCGUCUACCACGUCGAGAAGGGCGAGGUCGAGGCGGCCAUCGACCUCUUCGACGGACAGGUCUCGAAGCGCCUGCACGAGUCCGGAGCCAUGCUGGACUACGUGGACGCCGCCUCGCUGCUCUAUCGACUGCAACUGCGCGACGUGCCCAAGUCCACGCUGGCCUCGAGAUGGCCUGGCGUCUUCGACGUGGCGCAGACGCACUACGACGACCGCGUGCUGACCUUCAACCAGCUGCACUUCCUGAUGGCAUUCUUGGGUUCGGGCAAUGACGGUCAGCGGCUGGUCAACCUGCCGCCGCAGCGGGACAUCGGGCGUCGCGAAGACGGCGGCUGGCCCGACGACCAGCAGGGCAUAAUGGCUGAAGUCGGCAUUCCCGCGAUGCAGGCCAUGAUCGCCCACAACGAGGGCCGCUUCGACGACGCGGCCGAGAAGUUGGCUGCCGUGAAGUACGACCUGCUGCGCGUAGGCGGAAGCAACGCGCAGCGGGACGUCUUCGACCUGCUGCUCAUCGACUCGGCGAUCAAGUCCGAGCGGCACGCUAACCUGGCCCGGUCGCUGCUCGCCGAACGAAGCCUGUUCCGACCGAAGUCUCCCAUGCUGAAGAGCCUCAACGACGCACUGACCGCGCGCUGCAGUCCCAAGAAGCCUGCGGUCGCUGCUGGGCCGCACUGAGCGCGCUUUCCGCAAUGGAACGUUGGUGGACCCAAGGAGACACGGUGGUGGAAGAGACCGUGUGCGAUCACUUGUUUAGCGAAAUAUCAUCUUCGCCCGUUUAUAACCAUUAUAAGUCGUGUUAUCAAACGUUAUUUGUUCGCGAUAUGAACUCGAUCCUGUUCUUGGCGGCGGAAACGAAUGCAGGAGAAGACAUCCAGCGAAGCUUAUUUUCUUCGGACGGGGCACAUUUCCGAAAGCGUAUCAGCAGGGCUUCUUAAGAUGUGUGAAAAGCUUGAUAUGGUUACAUGUUUAUUUUUUUUAUUACAGAGAGCGCAACAGAACAACGCGCAGACAUGUGUGUGUGUUUUGUCUUGUUAUUGUUUUCUUCUAAAUAUUUUAUAAAAUCACGCGCUGUUUCACAAGUACUGCGAUCGCUCAACGGGGCGCAUACUACAGAAUGUGUGGUUGCUUGCAAAAAGAAGAAGGCACUAUUUUUUGCAGCCCUUGCGGGAGCACGGCUAAGCGCCUUGCAUGCGCUGUAGGCGCGUGUUCUCACACCGGCAGAUGGAUUCCUCUUUCUGAUGACUGCGCCAGCUGUGCGGCAUGCAGCGCACGGGUAUAUGUGCGUUCAAAUGCUCAAUGGAGAGCCUUAGUGCCGGUGACCGCAAGCCACCUGUGUACGCAUCCAGUUGCGUCGCUUUGUACUCCCAGCCGCAAACAAGAAUACAAAGGAAUGCAAGGGCUUUCGUACGAAGUGUUCUUUGGGGCCACCGCCGUGGCACUAAAACUGUAGAUGUACCCAACCGAACGGUUCACGAAGGCGAAACUGUGCCAUGUCAGUACAUUUUGGACCAAAGAAGAUCUGUGUCAAUUUUGUGUUGUAUGAUGUGCGCAUGAGGUGUGCAUUAAGUACACUCAAAGGGGACCAUUUUCACGCUUGAAAAGGGCCGGUCGCUUCAAUUUGUUGGGGGCGCGCCCUGACUCAAACGCCUGCCUACACUCAACUACACUGCCCCGCCGCGGUGUUCUAGUGGCUAAGGUACUCGGCUGCUGACCCGCAGGUCGCGGGAUCAAAUCCCGGCUGCGGCGGCUGCGUUUCGGAUGGAGGCGGAAACGUUGUAGGCCCGUGUGCUCAGAUUUGGGCGCACGUUAAAGAACCCCAGGUGGUCAAAAUUUCCGGAGCCCUCUACUACGGCGUCUCUCAUAAUCAUAUGGUGGUUUUGGGACGUUAAACCCCACAUAUCAAUCAAUACACUCAACUACAGUGUACUAGAAGAGGUUACUCAACCCACACUAACGCUCGCCUUUAAGAUUGUGCAAAUGCGCGACAGCUGUGGCUGUAGUCAUAAGUCUCGGCUGCCUCUUCGGUAUAAAGACUAUAGGAUGAGAUUUAUGUGCAUACAAAUUGUGGUGUUAUUUGUGCAGUAGCCUUCGUGUCCUCUGGAGGCUACGGCGUGUACCUGCAUAUCUCUGCAAGUUUUGUUCCUUGUUACGGAUCUAUGGAUACAUAUGACUAGAGUACUUUGGAUAUAUACUUUUGUAUGGCGUUAAACUAGAUUUACAUGGAGAAUAAAGUUUAUAUAAAAAUA